AUGGCCAAGAAGACCCCGAUGAUUAAGGAAGCAAUUGCUACUUUGAAGGAGAGGACGGGCUCAAGCGUUCCAGCUAUUGCUAAGUUCGUCGAGGACAAAGAGGGGAAGAACUUGCCACCAAAUUUCAAGAAGCUUUUGUUUAAACUGUUGAAUCAGAAUUUAUUGAAUUCGGUGGUGAGCAACAUCAACGUGUGUAAAACAAGCCAAAUCAUCAAACCAAUCACCUGA